UUCCAUCUCCCCCAGCGAAAGUCGUUCCAUCUCCCCCAGCGAAAGUCGUCCAUCUUCUUCACUCCCAUCAAAGCAUUAUUGAACCAGAGGCGAACCAUCCACCGAACUCGGAACUCCACAACAUCUCCGUCACCUGUCCCUGCAACGCCGCAAUCUCCACUAGGCCAGCCAAACCUUGAGUCGUCGUGACCUCGUUCCCAACCCUCCUUCCAUUCCAGAAGCUGGAAGAACAGAUCUGUUCGGCUUUCCAUUCGAUUCGUUGAUGUCCUCGUUCGAUUUGUCCUUCAUUGUCUUCGUCCUCCCUCUUCUUCCCCUUCUUUAUUCUCGUUCAACGACGGUAUGACUAGAGGCUGGCGUCUAGGUUUUGGGAUGCGGCGGAGGCAGGGGAUGGGAUCUAGGAGGCUGGGAAGCUGGGAGUCUGGGAGGGAUCUGAGGAUAGGAGGGGGUGACUGCAGGGGUUUGGGGAUGGGGAGGGGGUAGGGGAGCAGAGGACGAGGCUGGGCAGUUGGGGAAGGGACCGACUUUAGUGGUAUCCUGCGGUGGCCGGACGUUGUGGUCUCCAGCGAUGGUCGAAGGGUGCUGGUUAUGGGGGCUGUGUUAGGGAAAGGGAGGGGAUGGGACUGAGGAUGGUGCAGGGUUGGGGCAGCGUGUGGUUGGGCUGGGGAUGGGGUGUACUGGACCUGAGGUUCGGUGGGGCUGGGGUGCGGUGGCUGGCCGGAGUGGUGGUCGAGAUGUGGUGGGGAGGGCGCAGGCAUGGGGCAUUCGGCGACGUCCCUGGAGUUGUACAGGGGCUACAAACCUUGAGAUGGUGGUUGGGGCGGGUUGGUGCAGUGACUGUGGUAAGGGGUGGGGCAGUGACGGUGCGGGUUGGGAUCUGGUGUGUAAGCUAGCGGCAUGGCUAGGGGCUGGGGGGCUGGCUGGGGAUCUGGUGGUUAAGGCUGGAAAACUGUGGACGGAGUGUGGGUGGAGGUUGUGACUUGUGAAUGGGGUAGGGGUGAUGGCGGUGGACGGGGCAGCGGUGGUGGUUAGGGACAAGCAGAGACGGCUUGGGCUUGUAGGGACAUUGAUGAGGCGGCGAUGGACUGAGUUACUUCCGGCGGGCGAUGUUGCUGAAAAUCGGAUUAGUCACUAUUACCGAACCAAGCCACUGAGCUUAGCAAGGUGAUCACUAUGGCCGGAGCAAUUCAUUGAGCGUCGGUCACUAUGGCCGGCGCAAGUCACUGAGCGAUGGUCAUUAUGGUCGGAGCAAGUCACUUAACAGUGGUCACUAUGGCCGGAGCAGGUCACUGAGCGGUGGUGCGGCAAGACUGCUGGCGGCACCAAUGGUAACAGUGGUAUGGAUGGCCAGAGAAACUCUUUCAUAUUUUUUAGUAUUUAAACUCUUUCCUUGAUGUGUAAUGGACUGUGGGCUGCCGUGUAACUGGAUUGACGUGUAACGGAUGGAAGUCAUAUUUUUGGACUCUUGAAAUUUAGCCCAUUUUAUUGGUCAUCCUUAAAUUAAUAGUA